AUGGCAGAAAGCAUCGAGCGAGCACCACCACCAUAUUCCGCCUCAAUCCUCGCAGACAACGCACCACCCCACGACGCAAACGACCGACUCCCAACGCUCAAACUACCCCGACCACCCGUCCUCAACGACCCAACCGCCCUCUUACCGUCGUCCCCCCCGCAAAUCUACCUCAACCUACUCAUCCUCGAAGCCAGUCUCCGAAGCCAAUACCUCACCCUCCGCGCGCGCCGCCGCCAAAACACCUUUGUCCUCACUCUGCUGGCCGUAUGGAUAGGCUUCUGCUUCUACCUGCUGUGGCUGCGCCCACGCGAAGACGGCAAGGGCAUCGGCGGUUCGCAAUACUGGCUCCUGGACAUGCUGCAAAAAGUCGGUUUCAUAACGGGUGUCGUAACCGCGCUAUUAUUCUGGGCCACGGGACAAUGGGAGCGCGGCGUGCGGUGGCCACGACGCUGGAUCGGCGUUGCAAACCGCGGGUUACGAGGCAUGAAUGCAAAGAUUGUUGUUAUACGUGGGCCGUGGUGGCGUGAACUGGUCGAGUGGGCGCAUUUCAUCGUGCCGUUUUCCGGGGGCUUGUGGGGCGGGGAGCAAGGUGGUAGUUCGUACCAUUUCAUCAAUGUGGCGCAGGAGAAUAAACACGCGGCGUUGUUGGAUGGUGGACGCCCAAGGAAUCGUAUUGUCGAAGACGGCAAGGAAUACGCAGAGGAGGAUAUCGCGCCCGGGGGGGAUUAUAUCAAGUUGUUACUACUCCCCAAACCCUUCACCCCCGACUUCCGCCAGUCAUGGGAAGUCUACAGAAACGACUACUGGGCCACGGAAAACGAGCGCAGAGCCGAACUCCGCAAACGCGUGCGCGCUCGCCAACGGGAAAUCGCCCGCGAAGAAGGUGGCUGGCUAUGGUGGACAGGCUGGCGUGGUUGGAAACGCGCACGCGGUAUCAGCGGACGCAGCAGUGGGGAUGUGGAAAAAAGCGGUCACCACCAUAGUAACCCACACACACGCACAUAUUCAAACACACCGUCGCGGAAACGCCGCCCCAGUCUCCUCCAAGGCGCCCGCGGAAGAGAACGGUCAAACUCCCGUAGUUCCUCACGCAGUACAACACCCACACCGGAUAUCGACACCGACGGCCGGCUGCGGCCGAGCGAAAACCGCGAGAGACGGUGGAGUAAUGCGUCGAAUAACACCGCUACUACAUCUACUACGGGGUUCAAGACCGACGACGCCGAGUGA